AUGUUGAAUAAACUUGUCUACUUGAGAGGUGUCGCUUCCUCAGCAACAUUGGGUUCCCCUUUUAUUCACCACUACCCAUUACUAUUUUCUCUGCGUUGCUGCACAACCACUUCAAAUUCACGCUCAUUUGCAGUAUCCUACCUCAUUUACAACUUUGGGUUCUCCCCUGAAUCUGCUUCCAGAACUUCUACUACCUAUAAUAUUUGUUUCCAGAGCCCCGAAAAGCCUGAGUCAGUGAUCAGUUUCUUCAGAAACCUCGGUUUCUCUAACCCCCAAAUAAAUGAUAUGGUUAGAAGGCAACCAUGGCUGCUUUCCUGUAACCUCUGCAAAAGGAUAUUGCCAAAGAUUGAAUUUUUUCUCUCUAAAGGUAUUUCUAGCGCUGAAUUUGUUAACCUUGUGGGUAAGUGUCCUAGCGUACUGAUUCCAAGCCUGAAGAAUCAUAUAGUCCCAACCUAUGAAUUGGUAUAUAGAUUCUUGCAAUCUGAUGUGAACACUGUUGCUUGUAUGUUUGGUAAUUCAUUUUUCACUGGCGGCUAUCGUCUGGCACGCAACGUCAGAAUGCUGCAAGAGAAUGGAGUGAGUGAAUCAAACAUUGCACGAUUGUUUCGGAGCCGUUGUAAGGCUGUGUUUUGCUCGACUGAUAUUGUUAAGUUGGUGGAGGAGUUAAAGGGUUUGGGGUUUGAUCCUUCAAAAUCAGCUUUUGCUAUAGCCUUGAUUGCCAUAACAAGUUUGAAUGGACCCCGGUGGAUGAAGAAAGUUGAUGCCUUUAAAAAAUGGGGUUGGUCUGAUGAAGCCGUCCUUGAAGCAUUUAGGAGGCACCCUCACUGUAUGUUGGCAUCCAUUGACAAAAUAAAUAUUGUGAUGAACUUUUGGGUCAAUCAGUUGGGUUGGAAUGCUUUGGACAUUGCCCAAGUUCCAAAGAUUUUAGGGUCGAGUAUGGAGAAAACAAUCAUUCGAAGGGCACUUGUUGUCCAGCAUUUACUUGUCAAAGGCUUGUUGAAAAAGAGUGCCAGCCUUGUUACCCCAUUUGCUGUUUCUGAAACGCGGUUCGUUAAAAACUAUGUGAUAUGUUUUAAGGAGGAAAAAUGUCAACUAUUAAAGCUGUACCAGGAGAAAGUAAGUGAUCAAGGUAAAGAGGAGGAUAGUGCAGCAUGCGCCAGUAAUCAAAAUGUUAACUCAUGA